AUGAAAUACCACAUCGAAGAGGAAAGCUCGGGCUCUAUCGGGGGUUUUGAUCGGCUAGUCCAGCAUGUACUUCAGCCAAAUGAAGAAACGCAAUCUGACGGCUUUAAUUUGGGCGAUAUCCCCAUUCCCUUUUCGACCAAAAAAUUCUUGGACGACCUAGACAAGAAAGGGAUUGAGCCACUGGGCGUGAACGACAAAUGGAUUCAGGGCAGCGUAAUGCUCAAACUGCCUUGUGUUGGCCGACACCAGAAAGAAAUUGAUGCCCCACAAUUUACCGUCACGAACAUCUACUAUCGGCCUCUCCUCGAUACCAUCAGAGAAGUUCUCCAGGGACCACUAUUUCAAACUUUUCACACUACCCCGUUCUCCCUCAGAUACGACCCAACAUUUGACUUUGCAUCGGGCGACAUUCUGCUUGAUGAUGCGCAACCUACUCUGAACGAACACGGGCUCCCACAACUUCCUCCUAACCACGAAGAAGUUUUUGGGGAGAUAUAUACCUCAAGAGCAAUGCUAGAAGCCUACCACUCUAUCCCCCAACCGCCCCCGCCCGAGUCUCCCGAGUCACCUGUAGAAAGCAUCAUCGUAGCUAUCAUGGUGUGGUCGGACGCUACUCAUCUUGCUCAGUUUGGGGCAGCCUCACUUUGGCCGGGUUAUACUUUCUUCGGCAACCAUCCAAAAGGAUUCCGAGGCAAACCGUCGUCAAAUGCCGGUUUCCAUCAAGCUUACUUCGGAACGUUUCCAGACUCAAUUCGUGAUGCAUAUCGUGAACAAUAUGGGUGCGACAUGGCAGACGACGUGUAUAGACAUCUCAAGCGAGAGCUCAUGCACCGAAUCUGGGACCUUUUACUCUCCGAAGAUUUUAUUGACGCCUACGACAACGGAAUCAAAAUACGAUGCUGGGAUGGCGUUGUCCGUCUUGUCUUCCCCCGGUUCUUCAUUUACGGAGCUGACUAUCCCGAGAAGGUCCUUCUCGCGACUAUCAGAAGCUUAGGAGGCCGACCUUGUCCUCGUUGUUUCAUCGAGAAGUCCCAGAUUAGCGAAACAGGAACUGUCUAUGACAUGAAACGGCGUGAAGUCCUCCGAGUUGAUGAUCAUCAUCGGCGCCAAACUAUCGAGGAUGCUCGCAGAGCCAUUUUCGACAAUGGUUUUGCUGUUGGGGGACCAUCAAUUGACAACAUGCUCAAAUCAAACUCCUGGGUUCCUGUUCGAAAUGCUUUCUCUAAACUAAACACAGAGAAAACGCCUUUCAACUUCUAUGCUAUGUUCGUUCCCGACCUCUUACAUGAAGUCGAAUUGGGCGUGGCGAAAGCAAUUAUCAUCCACGUGAUUCGGAUGCUCCAGACUUUCAAAAAGAUCGACGAAUUUGAUUCACGAUUCCGCCAAAUCGAGACAUUUGGUCGUUCUGGGAUACGGGCCUUCAGCUAUAAUGUCUCCGACAUGAAGUAUGCUGCAGCCAGAAACUUUGAAGACGUCCUACAGUGUAUUCUACCUGUCGUUGAUGGAUUGUUUCCCCUUCACCAAAAGUUGGUGGAUCAGCUCUUCUUCGAACUUGCAAUAUGGCAUGGAUACGCGAAGCUUCGAAUGCACACUACGACAACGAUAGAACUCUUUCGUACGGCCACAAAGGAUCUUCUCACAUCUAUCCGACGUUUUAGUCGAGAGACAACAAAUGUAAAAACAUACGAGCUCCCUCGUGAAGAGCGCCGACGAGUCAAAAAAGUCGCCAAAGCUACUAGCACCACAACAUCUGCUACACCACUCCGUCCAUCAGAAGUUCUUACCCCUACGCAGGAUCCCAAUGGAGGCCCUCCUGAGCCACCUUCAAUCGCAAUAAAGCCAACGAAAGGGAAACAACAAGCGCCAGCCCACCCACAAGGUGCCAUUCCGUCCGGUUUACGCGCUCAACUUUCAGAGCUGCCUGGAGCGACAUCAAGGACAACAGCAAAAAAAUCAAAGGCCAAGCAGUCGGUGGAGAAAUCUUUCAACCUUAUAACCUAUAAACUCCACUCAUUACCUGACUACCCCGAUUUUAUAGCGCGCUUUGGAACGACGGAUUCAACUUCGACCCAAAUUGGGGAGCUUGCCCAUCGUUUCGUUAAACAUCUAUAUAAUCGAACCAAUAAAAGAGACCAUGUGAAUCAAAUCGCCAAGCAUGAACACCGCCGGCGUUUAAUGCGUGCGAUGUGGGAACGACGGAAGCGUUCCAAAAGGCUCGAGAAGAGAACGAAUGAGAAGACAGGGAGCGGACAAUCUACUGUUCGUGAAAACGAAUCCUUUGUGUCCAGGUCAGGUGGAGUUAGGAAUCGUCGUGAACGGCUAUCGUCAGCCUUGUGUCCUGGGCCGCAUAGCCUGUCCGGGCACAUCUACGUCCCCCCCGAGCAACACCACUAUAUUUCUGACUCGAAAAGAACCUAUUGGCGCCUCUCAGAUAUAGCUGACUGCUCUGAAACAUCGAAUGAAGAGUCUGCUUCCGACACCGAGGGGCCCCCGUUAGAUCGUAUGGAGGUCGAUCCCACUCCUCCCGAUCCGGCUCUCCAAGAUUUUACUCGGAAACUCAAAACUCAUUUCCGCCACCGUCUACAAAACUUGGAUUCAGAAAUCGUUGACGAAAUCGAAUUCACUGAACAGGAUUUGAUCAAUGUCGUCAUUGAAAAGGAAUUGCUCUACACCCACGCAACCAUGCAAGUCAACUAUACAACCUACGAUGUGCGAAGAGACCAGGACAAGCUCAAUCCACGGACGCGACGAUUUUUCAUGGUCCAUGCUCGCGAUCCUGUGGAUCCCCAUCGUUACUGGUAUGGCGAGAUUUUGGGCAUAUUUCAUGCCUAUGUGUUGCUGGCCGAUCUUCCGGGCAACUCUAAACGCCUCGAAUUCCUCUGGGUUCGCUGGUUCCAACGCGACGUCACUUACCCCUGCGGCUUCAAGGCGAAGCGUUUUCCGCGCCUCCAUUAUAUGCCUCAUCAAAACCCAAAUGCAUUUGGGUUCCUUGAUCCUCAAGAUGUCGUACGGGGUGUCCAUCUUAUUCCCGCUUUCAACCAUGGGUGGACUGAGGAGUAUCUCCCAAAAUCGGUAGGUAGACGAAAGGGAAAUCAUGAUUGGCGCUUUCAUUUCGUGAACCUCGUCGCCGACCGGGACAUGUUGAUGCGUUUUCACGAUAAUGUUAUUGGCCAUCGGAAGAUUGUUCCAGUUCUACAUCAGCAUACCACGGACGCGGCGCAAACCAAUGACGAUCUCGAUGCUAUGGGCGACAUCAACCACAACAAUAAUCUUGGGGCCCAAGUGGAUGUGCAGGUCGAAGACGACAGCACCAUUCCGUCAAUCAUCAACCUACAAAAUGCCCCACUGCCAACGGUGGAUUCCAGCGAGAGCAAUCGCGAAGGAGAUAUUGUUGUGGCUGAUGAUGAGGAAGAGGACGAUUCAGAUUGGCGUGCAGAAAGUUCAGAAUCCGGCAGCGAUGAAGCAGGUGAAGAUGAAGAAGAACUAUUCGGAGAAGAUGCAAUUCGACAUAGUCUUGGUUUUGCCAACGAAUAA